CCAGAGUGGGCUCUGGGCAGCUUUCCUUGUACCCCGAGACCUGGGCAGGCGUCCCAGCUUUCCGAGAGUCAGAAUCUUGCGAGCUCCAGAGCAUAGGUUUGUGAGCCUGCCGGUAGGCACCCAGCUCCAAGCUUGCGCCAGAGUGCCGGGAGGGGCACUUCGUUGAUUCCGCUUCUUAGAAGAGCUAAGCAGGACAGAAGGGGACAGCAGCCCGGGGUUAGAUCCACAAGACGCCUAGUUUGAGGCUCAGUGGACCGACUUCCCGAGUCAGGACCCGCGGGCACCAGCUAAAGAACGGCCGGGAGUAGACUCUGGAGCGCUGCCCCGACGGGCGCCUGAGAGGCAGAUCUGCCGGCUGGCACGCCGGCAGUCCGGGUAUAUUUAUCCCGCUCUCUGGGCAGUUUGAGGGCAGAUCGGGCCGGGACGCCUGAGGGGCCGCGGGGUACAUGCUGGCCCCAGAACCAGUGCCAUUUGCAGUGAGGCCAGCGGGCACUGCUUGUGGCUCUUAUGGCUCUUUGGCCUGAGGGCGGGGUGCAAUGGUCGCUCCUGUCCACCUGUGGACCUGGCUGGCCGAGGUGUGAGUACUAGCCAGGGCCCAGGAUUCAGUUUUCACGAACCCGCCCCUGUUGGACUGGCCCCUUCUAUUGGCUACAGCGAAUGUGUGCCGUUUGUUUACACUAGAGAAGGGGGCCAAGGAUGGGCACGUGAGAAUUGCGCCCCAAGCCUAGCUCCCCCUCGCCACGUGGCCUGAGACCUGCAUGCAGGUCUUCCUUCUCCUGUUUGCAGAGGGAGGGGGCCUACAUCAAAGGCUCUUGCACCCUGAGGGUGGAGGACAUCUCCAAGGCACCCUUCCUUUAGUCCCCAAGUCCUGUUCUUACCCAUUUUGCUUUCUCCAUGUCCCGCCAUUAUUUUGUCCCCUGAUACACAGUCUGGGAUGGGGGCUUAUUUUCCUGAAGAGAACCCAGGCCCUUAGAGCGCUCGUUGUGUGUUAGAAAGCUGGAUAAAUCCAAGGAUAGUUCGAUUUAGAAAUAGCGAACAUCUGCACAGCUGUGGAAACCUGGGAAGCCCCAUCAUGGGAGGGAUCGGGAGUGCAUAGGGCCAUGCCUGGCACGUUAGGGAGAGGCUGGGAUAGCUGAAUCAGGAAUGGUAAUCUCUGAUUUCUUGAGCUUGAGCACGGACCGUGUCUCUAGGAAAGAUGAGAACGGUAUGUCUCAGAGCUUCGUUCUGCCUGAGUCUGGGGAGCCCACCUCCUCACUGACUCUCGAGCCAUCCUGUUGAGUGUGGAUUCUUACCCCAGGCUUGCUGUAUCCCACAGCCCAAGGCUCCAGAAAGCCAGGCCGAAAGAGUUGCUUAGUCCUGUACUUGUAUCAUGGUCCUUGGAGCCCCGGCAAAUGGGGAAGCAGCCCCAACGAAGGCAGGUAGAUCAUGAACUCCAGACUGGACCAGGAAAAGAUCUGCCUGAAACACACCCUGGGAGUCUGCACUGGGUGUGAGUGGAAGCACAAAGAGUGAGGGCAAAGCGUGUUUGCAUGGUAGUGCUUGCUAGGGACUAAAUGCCGUGUAGGCAUUUGUGUGCACAGCAGGCUGGAAUGUGGUGUGUGUGUGUGUGUGUGUGUGCGCGCGCGCACGAGCGCUGUUGUAGGAAGGGGCCCUGUGGGAAGAGUUCUAUUGUAGACAUCACCAGGGACCGGGUCUCACAGAGUAGGAAAGUUAAACUGAGAACUUAUAGAGAGGGCUUUGAAUCCAUUCCAUUCACUCAGUAAUGUUUAUUGAGUACCUACUAUGUGUCUUACUCACAAUGUGAUGGGUGGAAGCAUACUGAAGAGUUGGGCCUUUGACUUUGUGUGGGAAGACAGACAGACACAGGAGGAUAGGGUGGGAGCUCUAAAGGACCAAGCAGCUUUUCUGGGGGCCAACGGGAAGGACCAGCUGCUGGGGCAGGAGGGGCUUUCCUGCCAGUGGCCCACGGUUGCUUGGCUUUGAAUUUCCGCUCUGCGGGCCACGUCCUGUACACAGCCUCUCAGCCAGCACGUCUGCACCUGUGUGUGACCACUGACAAUAGGAGUCACUUCAGCUGACCACCGCUUCUGCUAGUCUUUUCCUUUGUUCAGGUAAAUAAAGUCUCAGGAACCAGCCUUGAGGUCUCUGAGCUUUCUAGUAGAUCCUGGCCUUGUGACCUUCCUGGACUUGGCUCCACUGGAUGUGACAUGGCAUCUGGUUGGCGGGCUAUAACUUGAACUUAUGGAGACCUGAAGAUGCAGUGGUGGCCUUGUGGAGUCCUUCCUGGGUUCUGCCUAGACACUCCAUGAUACCUACAGAACCUGACACACACCUGCCUCAUACCCUACACAUGGCCAUGUUGGCGCCCUCUCCUUUCUUGCUCCUUCUAGGACUCUGUCUUUGUUGGAGCAGGGGUUGUUUGAUUGUUUGCUUUGGUUUUGUGUGGGGUUUUUUUUGUUGUUGUUUUUUGUUUUUUUGUUAUUUCAAAACAGGGUUUCUCUGAAUCCUGUCUGUCCUGGAACUUCUUGGCAGACUAGGCUGGCCUUGAACUCACAGAGAUCCACCUGCUUUUGUCUCCCAAGUGCUGGCAUUAAAGGUGUGUGUCACCGCUGGCCCAGCUCUGUUUCUGUGGUUUUUUAAGACAGAGCUUUGGCUGCGCUGGAACUUGCUAUAUAGAUCAGGCUGGUCCCUAACUCAUAGAUAUCCCCCUGUCUCUGCCUCCCAAGGGCUAGGGUUUAAGGUUUGUGCCACUACCCUUGUGGAGCUCUGUCUUUUGCUGGCCAUUUCUUGGCACACCAUCUUCUUAACUUCUCUCAUUGUCUCUAUCUCCCUGGCUGAAUAGCAAACCAUCUACUUAUGUAUGAUUUUUGAUUAUUUCUGUUUUCUUUUAUCCGUGACCCUGUAUAUCCACCCAUGUUUCUCUAGCUCCCUGGGCCCCUAUCUGUCUGGCUGGUUGUCUGUCUAGAUCAGUAUGCAUGGGCGCAUGUGUGAAAUGUGUGUUUUCUUUUGCAUUCUCUCCCCUCAGAUCUUUCCUCUAUGCCUCAAUCCUCCUGACCUUGGAUGUCUCCCCUCCUCCAAGCUGACCUUACUUUAGCCCCCCAUCAGGGUCUACAAUGAGUCCCAAACUGCCCCAGGCCUGUGUUCCAGUUUUCCUUGAGGCCAGAAGCCCGGCUGUCCAAAUAUUUGGCCACCUCCAGGGGAUUCCGGGUCAGCCCGGAGGAAGAUGGACUGGCUGGCGUGGGGUCUCCCCUGCCUCUUGGGGGCCACAGUCACGUGAUGUUCUGUCCUUUGCCUCAGCAGGACUUCUGGCUACACAUCCCUCUGAACAAGCUGGCAAUGGGGUUGGGGGAGGGGGCUGCUGCUGGCUCUGGACAGCUUGGACUGAGAGGUGCUGGCAACAGUCUCCCUUAGAGACUGAGCUGCAAGAGUCCAGGUCUCGGUGGGAGAUGAGGCCAAGGUGGCUUGUAAGCAUCUGCCUUGUCUAGGAAAUGUACCCUGUCACAGGAAAGUCUACCUUCCGGCCCCAGCUGGGCUUCUUAGAUCCUCCUAGAUGCUUCCGGAUAGCCAGAACACAGGCACAAGCUACACAGAUCCUGGGGCCAAGGAGCUGAGGCAUGGAGUGGCUAGGGUGUCAGUGUUCCAGACUGUCACCUUUUCCCUGACUUUGCCUGCUCUUGCACACACACACCUCUUCAUGACAGCUGUGCCGGCCACACACUGGCCACAUGUCUCAUCCUCCUGUUCUAUUGUGUCAGCAAUGAGGUAGUGGUUAAGUACAGGCUGGGGUCUUCUAUCACCAAAGUAUGAAGCUGCGGCCUGGGGGAGGAAGGAGGCAUGACUGACUGCUCUAUCAGUCUACCUGCCCUGGAGCUCAGUCUCCUAUAGCAGCGGCUCCCAGCAGUCCCUGUGGCGGUGUGUUAGGGACCUACAAUUCAAACAUGUCAGCCAUGUACUAAUUCCCCAGUAAUGCACAUUUACUCCCAAAAUGGAGUCCCCUCUUUAAACCUGGAGAAGCAGGUCUCUAGAGAUAAUCUGACAUAAUGGCUAAACUGGAAUAGCAGUUUCUCUACCAUGAAGCCCCUACUAGGAGGCUCUGUGACCUUUCACCCCAAGCAACUUGCUUCUUACCAGGUCUUCCUUGGGCUAAGGUCAAGGCUACCAAGACGUAGGAAGGCUGAGCUAUAGAAGUGAAGUUCAUGGGGUUGGGGAUUUAGCUCAGUGGUAGAGCACUUGCCUAGCAAGCACAAGGCCCUGGGUUCGGUCCCCAGCUCCAAAAAAAAAAAAAAAAAAAAAAAAAAAGAAGAAGUGAAGUUCAUAUGACAUCCACACCCCCAUCAGAACAUAUGUUUGCAGGACUGGGAGAAGUACUGUCCACCCUGUAGCCAGCCCACACCUGCAAACCCACUUAGGUCCCUGAGAACUGAGGAGAAAAAUGGAGCCUAGGGACUCGGAUAGGAGAGAACGCUGUGGUUCCCAUAGUGGCUGAUGCAAGCAACCAGCCCAUCCUGGCCUGGAUUCCUGGGCCUAGAAGUCUUUAAUUAGCCAAAGUCAACACCUGCCGAGGUGUGCCUGAUAAAUUCUCACUCUGUGAUGCCUGCGUGGGCAGGCAGGCAUUACUUGAUGCACCGUCCUCCUGAUGCUCCUCCCUCCCAUCUCCCAGCAGAGCAAACAAGCCUCCAAGUGGUGUGCUGGACCAGGCCCUCAGCUAACUGCCCAUACUGCUCUGACUGAUACCAUUCUGGUGGCCUGGCCGAGGGCUCAGCGAUCUCCCUAUCCUAAGGCUUGACCAUUCUUUGGAGUCCUCUGACCAGCCCUUGGAGGUGAAGCCUCACAAGAGCUCCCUCAUUCUGUCUUUGGCUUUGGUCUAGCCUCCCAGGACCCUUAGAUAUCAGGGGGCAACAAGGUCCUGGUUGAGGGUCUCUGCGUUGUGAGGCUGAUCCUGGCUGGGGGCUAGUGUGGGUUCUCACCACCAUUGGAGACAGCAGGCUUAAGGUAGGAGCCGUGAGACGGGCUGGCAGCCUUAGGAAGUAUUUGAGAUCCCCCUCAUAGGAUAAAAGCCAAUCUCCACUCUGCAGCUCUGGUCCUGAAACCUGCCUACGCUGAGGUACAGACCUUGACUUAGCCUCUAUGGCUCUGGAAGGUUUGCCUAUGCUCACAGACUCUUCCCUCUCCCCUCACCGCCUGCUGGUACCACACCUCAGAGCCUAUGUGCUCCCUGCUUAAGCCUCUCUUCCUUGCUUCAUACUUUGGAGCUUCUGAGUACACUGCCUCUUCCAGGAAGCCUUUCUUGAUAUCUCUCUCCCCUAACUUUUUUUUUUUUUUGCACUGGACUUUUAGGGAUGGAACCUUUGGUCUUUUGCAUGCCAAGGACUCUACCACUUAAUUAUAUCCCUAACUCCCCUCUCUUUUUUAAAGCCCCAGAAGAAUUGCCUCACAUCCAGUUGCAGCAGAAGAUGUAAAAUGUUGGUGGUUGGGGUUGGUUGUAGUGGAACAUGGAAGGACAUCACUUCUACCCGAUUGGAGGUCAUUUAAGGACAAAGAUUCUGCAUCCUUCCUGGGAUCUCAGGGCAGCCUGAGGCCCGGCAAUGACUGGUUAUGAAUAAUAGCCAUCAGGACUCAAAGGCUUUAGCCCACAUCCUGAAAGGGGACAGGGAACCUAGAGCCAGAACCUUAGGCACCUCCCAUAGCCAUUCCACAGACUUAGUCUCCCUGGAUGCAGUGCUAGGCUGCUCCAUAUCCCGAUGCCAGAAUAGAAUGAAGCCCUGCACACACCAGCCCAGGCAAGCCCUUGGGGGCCUCUGUCAUUAUGACAGAAACAGUUGCUUGGUCUAGACUGCUGACUCAGCACACACCGAGGGCUUGUCCCAGCUUGCCCAGGGUGGGGACCGAGCAAGGGCAACCUACUGAGUGUCAGGGGGCUUUGGAGACCUGGCAGUGGUACCUUACACCUAGGUGAGAUCCUGGCAAGGUAGCAUAGAAGGGCAGCAUGAGGACAGCCUAGGGAUGAUGGGUGAUCUACAAGAGAGAACCCUAGAGGACAGGUCCACAUGGCCAGGGUCCUGGGUAGGUAGGCUGGGGUGAUAAAGGACUCAGAACUGACAACCAGGGAGACAGACAUAGGUAAUGGUGCUGGGCGUGGAGUUCCCAGAGCUAAGGUAUUCGAGGUCUGAGCUCUGGGCUAGGGCAGUGGGUGAGGGUGCUCUCUGGUGGGUGUCGGGAGAGAUGUCUACAUGGUGUGGGGACCUAAGGCUGAGCCUGGCUCCCUGUAGGAUUGAGGAUCAAUCCUGGGUGUUUAUUUGAGCUCCGUGGAGCAUCCCACUUCAUAGAAGGUCCAUUGGGAGCCAGAGUAGGGGGAAUGGAUUCAGAGCUGCAUUUGGGGUACUCCGUUUGCUUCAGGUGCAGCCUCUGGCGUUCCUGCCUUGCAGAGACAGCCCUUUCUGGUCUCCCGUCUGGCUCAGUGCCCCUCCUUGCCACUUUAGCCUUUUAGGAUGUCCUGACAGAGCCUGGGUUCAGUUUGCCCAGACAUCUGGGCACGGUAGGUAACCCCUGGCCCCAGGGACGGGAGGGGAGCCAGUGAGUUGUCUGGGCAGUGCUCGCUGCGGGGCAAGGAAGCUGGAUCAUCUGCAGUUCAGCCUGGCCAAGCCCAGAGAGAGAAGGGGCACCCAGCAGUGACAUGGGCUUCUCCUCAGCCGGCCAAGCCCUGAGCAACUCCUGGUCCAGGGACAUGAGAACUCUGUUCAGAGAGUGGCUUGGAUGGCAGGCCCCGUGGAUUAGGGGCUCCCUGGCAAGAGAGGAGAUGUUAGAAGGAAAGCAGGGCUGUGAGGAGCAUGAAGAGCAAGUGGCCCAUGAACUGUGUGCCCUGGGGCAUCCAUUUCCUGGAAGGGCCCCUGAGGGCCUUUCACCACAGCCGGGCUGGAUGAGCCCAGGUGUCCAGCCCCAGCACUGCCUCAGGCCUCCUGGCUCUGGAGGGGGCACCCUCUGCGCCUGCUGUCCACAGCGCCAGCACUCAGCCCACAGAGAGCCCUUUGUUCUGACUGCCAACAGAGCCCGCCGGGCAGCUGGGAACAGAGCCCACACCCCUCACCCUCUCCCAAGGCCUCCAGCCGUCGGGUAGUGCCAUUCUAGGUUGGCCAGGAGGCCCCUGGCACACAGGACCAGUUCAGGAAACUGUGUCCCAGGACUACUGUGAGGAAGGGGAUUCAGUCCAAGGCGCACAUGCCAAGUGGGGUCAGAACCUAGGGCUUAGCAUUCAGGGCUUCUGGUGCCAUUCAGGUAUCGGCUCAGAUCAGCCAAAUGACCCUCACUUCACAGGUAGAGAAACUGAGGCCCCUGCAGCUUGCUUGGACUAGUCGAUGUAGGGGACUUAUUGUCCCAUCAGGAUGUCCUAGGAGCUCAGGUGUUCAAGUUCUGCUCCACACCCCAAAGGCCUGGGGAAGUGGCAGGUCUCGAUACCUGACGGUGUUUGUGUGAGAGCGGUGCUCUGGGGUGGUUUCAGAGCCAUGGAGAUACCCCGACAGACAGAGAUGGUGGAGCUGGUGCCCAAUGGCAAACACCUGGAGGGGCUUCUACCAGUGGGCAUGCCCACGGCAGACACCCAGAGGGCUGAAGACGCCCAACACUGUGGAGAGGGCAAGGGCUUCCUUCAGCAAAGCUCCAGCAAGGAGCCACACUUCACCGAUUUCGAGGGGAAGACAUCGUUUGGGAUGUCGGUGUUCAAUCUCAGCAACGCCAUCAUGGGCAGUGGCAUCCUGGGGCUCGCCUAUGCCAUGGCCAAUACGGGCAUCAUCCUCUUCCUGUUCCUGCUUACGGCGGUUGCCCUGUUGUCUAGCUACUCCAUUCACCUGCUCCUCAAGUCUUCUGGGAUUGUGGGCAUCCGUGCCUAUGAGCAGUUGGGCUACCGUGCCUUUGGGACCCCAGGAAAGCUGGCAGCAGCCUUGGCCAUCACGCUUCAGAACAUUGGAGCCAUGUCCAGCUAUCUGUACAUCAUCAAGUCUGAACUGCCUCUUGUCAUACAGACCUUCCUGAAUCUGGAGAAGCCAACCCCGGUGUGGUACAUGGAUGGCAACUACCUUGUGAUCCUGGUAUCCGUCAUCAUCAUUCUGCCCCUGGCACUAAUGCGACAGCUUGGCUACCUGGGCUACUCCAGUGGCUUCUCUCUCAGCUGCAUGGUGUUCUUCUUGAUCGCAGUCAUCUACAAGAAGUUCCAAGUGCCUUGCCCACUGGCACACAACUUGGUCAAUGCCACAGGUAACUUCAGCCACAUGGUGGUGGUGGAGGAGAAGUCGCAGCUGCAGAGCGAACCUGACACUGCUGAAGCCUUCUGCACCCCAAGCUACUUCACACUCAACUCACAGACGGCAUACACCAUCCCCAUCAUGGCCUUCGCCUUUGUCUGCCACCCUGAGGUGCUGCCCAUAUAUACGGAGCUCAAGGACCCCUCCAAGAGGAAGAUGCAGCACAUCUCCAACCUGUCCAUUGCUGUCAUGUAUGUCAUGUACUUCCUGGCUGCCCUCUUCGGCUACCUCACCUUCUAUGACGGGGUGGAGUCAGAGCUGCUGCACACCUACAGCAAGGUGGACCCAUUUGAUGUGCUGAUCUUGUGUGUGCGCGUGGCCGUGCUGAUAGCGGUCACACUUACGGUUCCGAUCGUUCUGUUCCCGGUACGACGGGCCAUCCAGCAGAUGCUGUUUCAGAACCAGGAGUUCAGCUGGUUGCGGCACGUGCUUAUUGCCACCGGCCUCCUUACUUGCAUCAACUUGCUGGUUAUCUUCGCCCCCAACAUCUUGGGCAUAUUUGGGAUCAUUGGUGCUACAUCUGCUCCGUGCCUCAUCUUCAUCUUCCCUGCCAUCUUCUACUUCCGAAUCAUGCCCACUGAGAAGGAGCCUGUGAGAUCCACCCCCAAAAUCCUGGCCCUUUGCUUUGCUGCGGUUGGCUUCUUGCUGAUGACCAUGAGUUUGAGUUUCAUCAUCACUGACUGGGUCUCUGGGACCAGCCAACAUGGAGGAAACCAUUAGGAUGACCUCCAUCUUGCUCUGUUUAUUCCUCCUAGUACCCCCUGCCCUCUCUCUCUCCAGCCCCUGCUCCCAGCCAGGGGCUAAGGAAGGGGAGAAAGACAGGGGAGAAAGACUCUGUAAAUACUAUGGCAUUUGGCUCCACCCAUAUCCUCUCCGUCGGAAGGUUUUUGUUGAAGAGCCAAGGCCCUUGGACCACCCCUGCUGGGCUCCAGAGCUGCAGGGGCUUCCUGCACUAGGAACAGGGUGGGGCUGUCGCCUUAGAUCCCACCGAAACCCUCCAUCCUCCUCCAGCAGCUGUGUACACUGAGGCCUAGCAGCCACCUCCUGAGGUCACACAGGCUGCAGGGGCACACAGAGCCAGAACCCAGGUCUGAAGACAUCCCCUAGUCCUGCUGGGAGCCCACAGUCCCUGGUCUCCAGCUCCUUUUCCAACACUUGGGGCCCCAAGUCUUAGAUACAGGGGCCCUUCCUCUUCCAUCUCGUCCGUAGGAGACACUGUCCCAACCCAUAUCUGGGGUCAGCAGGUUCUGCUGAGGAUGGGGCUGGUGUGUACCCCCAGAGAUCCCUGCUGUUGGACCUUCACCAGUCCUGGGGAGGCUGGGACUCCCACACCUCAAGCCCGGGCUAUGACUUACAUUCCACUGCUGGGAGAAGAGAGGCGGGGCCCAGAGUAUCCUGCCCUUGGGAGUCAAAGACCCUAGGAGCCAGGCUGGCACAGGGAUGGGGAGGCUGGCCUUUUAUAAAUAUUAUAUGCAGAC